UGCUGCAAAGGAUGGCAUGACGUCACGUCGCUAGAGGCACGUGUUCAGUAUAAAGCCGGAAGACGGCGCCGUGGACUGCGCACACAGACUUCAGAAAGCAUCAGCCUUGUGUUAACUCUACACCCCCAAAGCAGCAGCAACCAUGUCAGACCUCUGUGUUGGAAUCAACGGCUUUGGCCGUAUUGGCCGUCUGGUCCUGAGGGCUUGCCUUCAGAAGGGCAUCAAGGUUGUGGCCAUCAAUGACCCCUUCAUUGACUUGAAAUACAUGGUCUACAUGUUCAAGUAUGACUCCACCCAUGGCCGUUACUCCGGUGAGGUCUCCUAUGAUGGUUCAAAGCUCAUUGUUGAUGGCCAACCCAUCUCUGUUUUCCAGUGUAUCAAGCCAGCAGAAAUCCCUUGGGGCAGCGCUGGAGCCAAGUAUGUUGUUGAGUCAACUGGUGUCUUCCUCAGUGUGGAGAAGGCCUCAUCUCAUAUUGAGGGUGGAGCCAAGCGAGUGGUCGUCUCUGCCCCUUCACCUGAUGCACCCAUGUUUGUCAUGGGAGUCAAUGAGGACAAAUAUGACCCCUCCACUAUGCACAUCGUCAGUAACGCCUCCUGCACCACCAACUGCCUGGCUCCCCUGGCCAAAGUCAUUAAUGACAACUUUGGCAUUGAUGAGGGUCUCAUGACUACAGUCCACGCAUACACAGCCACCCAGAAGACAGUGGAUGGUCCCAGUGCCAAGGCCUGGCGUGAUGGCCGUGGUGCCGCCCAGAACAUCAUUCCUGCCUCCACCGGCGCUGCCAAGGCCGUGGGAAAAGUUAUUCCUGAGCUCAACGGAAAGUUGACUGGAAUGGCAUUCAGGGUGCCAGUGGCUGAUGUGUCAGUUGUCGACCUGACAUGCCGUCUGGCUAAGCCUGCAACUUAUGCCGAGAUUAAGGAAGCCGUCAAGAAGGCUGCAGAAGGGCCUUUGAAGGGAGUGCUGGGCUAUACUGAGGACCAGGUUGUCUCUUCUGACUUUAUCGGUGACACUCACUCCUCCAUCUUUGAUGCUGGUGCUGGCAUCUCCCUCAACGAUAGCUUUGUCAAGCUCAUUUCCUGGUAUGACAACGAGUGUGGCUACAGCCACCGUGUUGCUGACCUGCUGCUCUACAUGCACUCCAAGGAGUAGGCACUUCCCUUUAAAAGGGAGUCAGGAAAGGGACCACCCCAACCAUCAUUCCAUGUCCUGUCUUCUCUUUUACACAUAAGUCCCCCUGCCCAUAGCUGAGUUAUAGUCUCACAGCCUUUAGCUCUACUACAGCAUAUGUAGGAAGCAGCAACAGCGUGUUUCAGUGUUCUGUUGAUUUCCUUUAAUGAUGAGAAAUGUGGUCAGUGGCAGUAUUUGUGUCUGUGUGCCCCCUCUCCACCAACCACCCUCACAUUAGAUGUGUUGUUAUGAAUUACUAAUGGUAUCUACUGUAUCCAUCUCCCUGUUGGUGUGUUUGAAAAUUUAUCACCAGUUUAAGGAGGAGGAAGCUGAGAGGGAGAGCUACUGUAACUUCACUUGAAAGGUUAUAAGACAAAGAAAUAAAACGUUUAAAACCUCAA